AGGCGACCUGGUGUAAUGUCUAGAGUAAGAGAAGUGGCAAGUAGUAGUGAUAGUGAAAGCAACAUUUUUACUAGGUAGUCGCAGAGCCAGAACCUUCAUUCCCCGGCCGUGGUUUACGUGUGUAAAACGUUGAAAGUCGUUUUGAUCAUCCAAACGCGUUGUGAAAAAUGUGUGAUAACGAGACAAAGAAAAUGAUUCCGCUUGUUCCGGAGAAUAAAGCCACGGGAACGGAAAGCGGGAGCCUUGCAGGCUGCACCCUGGUGGCAAGAGGGAAUGCAGAAGUAGGGGAUAUCACGACGUCGACACCCGAGGUUUCUUUGAUGACACCAACCACGGACAGCAGUCCUAGCGAAGGCCCGGAGGUAGAUGAUCUUUUGGAAAGCAAUUACACUAUCCAGGCGAACGAGCAAUGUUCUUACGAAAACGACACGACCCUGCGCGCGGACAUCCGGGAUGGAGAUGAACAAGAAGAACAGCGGACGACGCGGGAACAAGAAAAUCGACGACAUGAAAAACUCAGAUCCUACUACGCUAACAAGGCUCUGACAGCAGCAACCUUGCGUAAGAACGCAUCGUCAUCGUGCAAAAAGAUGAAACAUGACGUCGAGCAAAAGAUAAAUAGCGUCAGCUACGAACACCUUCUCGCCACAGAAAUUCGGAACAGCGGCUACCUCCUCUGCAAUCACCUGGACACAAGCAAGCUGGUGGAUUUUCUGAAGGAGCAUAAGAUGCUUUGUUCCUCCGGUGUCGUUCGCUCGUUUGUCCCGGAAGUGGACGCGAGGUACUUGCAAAUUCUCUUCCCCUACAAACCCGUACAACGACAAGGAGGCGACAGCGCUCAACACCCCAAAAUAGAUCUGGUUCACCAGGAAGCGCUGCAGCAUAUGCAGAAGGAGGUGCUGUUCCACCCUGAGAGUGUCAAGAAACUGAAGUUGAUCCCGCUGAACGCGCAGGGAACGAGUUUGCUGGUCCGGGGGAACAAGGUUUUUGGCGCCACAGGAGCACGAGUUGCAACUUUGCUUGUAGAUCAGGCUGGAAACGACGAGGACUCCAGUACAACAUCACUGGAAGAGCUGCACAACGGCGACGAGAAUGCCAUGCCUACAGCGAACAAGCUGUACACAAAUUACUUGAACACUAUCGUCGGCAGAGAAAAACGAUAUCUCAUGUUUUGCCACCCGCGAAGCGGGGACGGGGCGGACGACGAUGUGGAGUGGUUUUUCAAAAGGAACAGCGAAAUUCUAGGCACGGGCGCAAAAACUGACCCGGACACGGAGAUAAGGCAGAUCAUCGGACAGGUGGUGGCACAGAAGUCGAAGUCCUCGUCCUCCUCGAACAGUACCAAAAAUGAGGACCAUUCGGCGCCGGUCCUCCAUAAAGAAUCUUUGCGCACCACGACCAGUACUUCUAGAGGUGAAGUACAAGAUCACGAGCCUUCCGCCACCAUGCUUUCCCCGAAGACCAUGCUUCCCUUCUCCACCGAGGAAGAAAAGCGGGUUUUUCUGCACGAAAAAACCAAAACCCUUUCAUCCGCAAAUAAUUCUCCAAAUAAAACCUUCACCUUUAUCGACCUGUUUGCCGGCAUUGGCGGUUUCCGCCUGGCGUUAGAAGCUCUCGGGGGCGUGUGUCUCGGUGCCUGCGAGCUGGACAAAUUUGCUCGACAGACGUAUGAGAAAAACUUUCAUCCCAACUUGAAACACAACUUUGGCGCGGGCUGGAGCUAUCGGCAGCCGGUGGGAGUCCCGAUUCGGUUGGACGAGUGUGACGAGUUUUUUAUCAACGAUGUGACGCGAUUGGCUUUCGACAGCACUGGUGUCGUGCGAGAUUGUGGCGAGGAGGCCUCUUCAAGAGAUGAAAAUAAGGCUUCCUCAGAGAUGAACUUCUACUCGGCAUCUUCAAGUCAACACGAACAACAUCAUCUUCCCUCUGCUACUGCCAAGGUCGAUCUUUUGACCGGCGGUUUCCCGUGCCAAUCUUUUUCGACACUAGGUAAGCAGACGGGCGUACACGAUCCGGAACGAGGAGGGCUGUUUUUCCAUUUAGUCCGCAUAUUACGGGAGCUCAAACCUCGGUUCUUUCUGUUCGAAAACGUGCGGGGGCUGCUGACACUGGAAGAAGGAAAGCCGUUCGAAAAGAUGGUGCAGAUGCUGGAGUGUAAUGGGCUGUACGAAGUCGAAUAUGAGAUCGUGGACGCAGGGGAUUUUUUGCCGCAACGACGCGAACGGGUCUACAUCACGGGGGCGUUGCGGGAGGAGAAGUAUGCGCAUUUGUUCACAACUUCGCCGAAAACUGCAGUUGAUGUCCCGACCGGGAAAGACGCAACUGCGCUGUUAUCUUUACGAGGCCGUAUAGUGCAGAAGCUGUCCUCGUCUGUUGAUUGCGCAGGAGCUCCGGAUCAGCAUAAUCCGGCGCUGCACAAAGAAAGUCGAGCAAAAAGUGCUCCUUCCUGUAGUCCACUGGGGAAUACAAAAAUCUCAUUACAAAGCGUGCUGGAUUGCAACAGCACGGUCGAUCGGCGGUACUUCCUGCUCCCCGCACAGUGGGACAAGGUGCGGAGACAGCGCUACCAGCAACUGCACAAGGACGGCACGGGGCGACUGGUGUCCGAGCAUUUGACGCACGCCCAGACUUUGUGCAGCAACUACCGAACCAAUUUUUUCAUGUUCAGCCAGCUGGUGGCGGAUUUGAGGGGAGAUGAAACGGAAGGAAGAAAUCUUUGUGGACAGGAAGUAGUAGGCAUUGGUGGUGAAACUGAAAAUGGUGGUGAAUUAUCUGCAACGACGACGACGAGAGAUGAAGUUGCCGAUGCUGGCCAGCAUUCGGGUGCGGGGGAUCCGGGAUUCCAGCUAAAAACCACCACAGGCAGCUCCGGCUCUAGUUGCACUUCUGCCAUGAUCAAGAACGGGAAAAUGACAAACCACGGCGGAAAGACCGAGUCACCACGACCAGAGCCACUUCCUCAGCAAGAAGAACAAACUAAUCUUCAGGAGCUCACCUCGUCGCUGCUCGACCCGCACCGGGAGGGCCAAAAACGACCCCGGUUUUUCACCCCGAGGGAGUGUUGCCGGUUGCAGGGGUUUCCGGAAGACUUUGAAAUCCCGAGGAAGGACAACUUGGGGGAGGAGGGCCGGUUUUACCACCAAAUCGGCAACGCGGUCGUGCCCGCGGUCAUUGCACUGGUAGCCGGCCCGGUCGUGGAGCACAUUGUCAGGAAAGAUGAAGAAGAAAACCGGAAGAGGUGCAACAGUUGCGGCACUGGUGAGCUUAAGGAAAACGCCUUUAAUACUUUUCCGCUAGACGUCGAGAAGACCGUGCUGGAUUUGCUAGCCCGGGCCAGGAAGGGAGCACUUGGGGGCUGUUCUCAACACACCGACGGAGGUUCAAAGAAUGAUAAACAGACAGAUCAACCGGAAAGCGUGGUGCCGAGGAAGAAGCGGUCUGCCUCUUCUGGUCUGGGCCCGAGCCUCCACCAGGAGGAACAAAAGCGGCUCAGAGCAUAA